AUGGAUCGUCCAUCGAACAAGCUGUCACCCCCUAGCUUUCCCGCCGUCUCUGUGGGGAAGUGCUAUAUUCAAACAGCGACAGAUAGGUUUGGAAAUGAAGCCAAGAGCGCGAUCCGGGAUCGAGAACGGGCUACUAUGGGAAUACCCACGGAGGGCCUCGAAGAGCCCUUUACAUGGCCGAAUGCCGAUACCGAGGAUACACGUCAUGCUCGUAGUUCGAUAUAUCGGCUAGUCCCCAGCAUGCAAGGCUACCGGAACAACCUGACUGCUCUAUCGCAGGGUUACAACCUCUACUUUGUUGCAUACCAAGGCCACAUCUUCGUCUAUGUUCCUCGAUGCGUUCCCAAGCAAACUAUACCUCAAGCUCCAGACUUUCAAAUAUACCCCCGGCCGAGUAAAGAGGCUAUUGCCAUUGGAGGAACUGUCGAUGUCGUCACACCACACACGAUCAAUCAUAUCAUUACCGGCUGUCUCGGCGAAGAAGAGAUUGUAUUGGCUUGUUAUGACGACGGAGACGUUGUUGCGUACUACGUGAAAGACAUAGCAGACUCGAUUGAGAACAAACGCAACGAGCCCAAAGAGCAGAGAAGCCCAAGGACGGCUUACACUAGUCGCCCACCAAAGCUGCUCUUUCAUGAGAAUGUUGGCCUUUCAGCUUGGGGAUUGGCUAUUCAUCGCAAGUCCCGUCUCAUAGCUGUUAGCUCGAAUCGCUCCGAGGUGACGGUUUUUGCUUUUGCUCUGGCCAGCUGUGAGACCAAAUCACGAAAAACUCAAGAAUUUUGCGAAUGCUGCCAGAGCUGCGACAGCACUGAGUCGGGGAUCCCUAGGCGAGCGCGAAAUUGGAGAAUAGUGAUAGCUCUUCAGGCACACGCAUCUAAUAUUCCCAAUGUCUGCUUUUUGGACGACGUAGACGGCCAGGCCGAAAAAGUCUGCGCCGUGGAUAUCAGAGGUCUUCUGUGGAUAGCGGAUAUCUGGAGAAUGUUCCAACCCGUUACUGAAGUCCCUCCCUCUGAUCACCAUGCACUCCAAAGCGAGGAAUUUUGGCCGGCUUCAUCGAGGGGAUGGGGCGUACUACCUCUCAAUGACGACAGCUUUUUACCUGUUAACAGUGUAGAAGAGAUGUUUGGACUACCGGAAAGGGCGCUUAGCAUCUCUAUGCCUGGAUCUGGAUGCCCACAGCCGAUGGCCAAUAUCACAGAUUGUCUCGCGGCAAUACCGGACAACCCAUGUCCCCCCGCAGCGGGGGCUAGGUCUGGUCAGUUCUAUCAUUAUGUUCCAGUCAUGUUGCAUGACGAGUCUUUACAUUCGAUAGUAGAUGAUGCGAAUGCAGCUGGUUUUACGGAUGACGAGAGCGACGAAAGCGAAAGCGAGCCUGAAGCAUCGGACAACCAGAUCAACGAUGUGAAUGAAUUCGAUGAGGAUGAGGAUGAGGACGAUGACGAUGAAGAGGAGGAAGAAGGAGGAGGAGGAGUGGCCGUCAUUGAAGAUGUCAUUAUUGCUUCGGUGGCUCCACAGAUAAUCGAUGCAGAUGAGGACGACAGUCUGCUGCCGUUUUCCAGCCUACCUCUAGCACCUCUAGCACCUCCAGGAGAACCUUUCCAACAAGCACUACAAGAUCUAGAUGAAGCACUUGGACAGCUUGCCUACGCUGUGCAGGAAUUUCAAGAUGCUAUUUCAACUCCGGACACUCCAGAGCCGAUUCAGCAAGACCAAGGUAAGACAACACCAAAGCAUGGAAGGCGAAGGAAUUUUGAUUCUGCGUUUUCGGGACAACACAAUUACAGCCAAUUCAACACACCACCAGUUCGACUCGAUAUGGCUUUUUUCCCACACAGCGGAAAGAUCCAGACCAUUCCUAGAUCAUCAGCGCAGCUUCUUGCGUUUUUGAGAAGGACGAUUGAGUUCAAUGAAAACCCAGGGCCACCAGUGGCACAUCGGACUAAGGACGUGACAAAACGAUAUCGCUUUAUCCGAACGUAUGAAAAAGACCUGGAACUGAGAAGCCUGCGAGGAGAGGGUAAGACAGGUUGGCAAGAAAUUGGUGUUUUGUGUCCGAACGCAGUCAAGUUUGGCAGUUUUCACGAGCGAAGUGUCCGGCCAUAUUUCCGCGCAACCAGUCGCCUAAGUAUGAUUGUACAUAUCCCGGAGCUUUCUCUGGUAGUGGCAGGGUCGCCUAUUGGGCGAGUUCUGCUCGUCACGCCGACCAAACUUGGAUCGCCGGUUAUGUCGAAAACAGCGGGGACGUGGCAUCACGGGCUUCGAGUUGAAUAUGUUUUGCCGCGGCAAUCGGAUGAAGAAGAGUUUCGACCGGUGUUGAGACCGCUGCACGGGCUGGCGGUUGGGCCUGUACAGAGCAACGAGAAUAGAAAUGGCAGCAGCAUGACGAAUGGCGCGACGACGCCAAAGCGAUUCAGACUGAUGUUGCAUUAUCGAAAUCACGAUAUCUUGACGUAUGAGUUGAUGAGAGAGGAUCAUACGGGACGACUUUGCAUCAUUUGGUAG